AUGACUCUUCUUAUCCUUGAUCCGUGCACCCUCUCAGAGACUUUACCCAACGCCUCGUUGUCCUCUCCCGUUCGAGUCCGCUUAAUUGCCCAGGUAGUCGAAUACAUUGACCACGAGUAUGCGUUGGUGAUACGUCCAGUGAACAAUUUAAUUGGUGCUGAGAGCAAUGGAACCGUUAAAGUGAGGUUACCCACCACAAAUCAGCCAUUGGACAGAGAGCUUACGUCUCUGGGAACAAUAGUGCAAUUUGAUGCUUUCUACGAUGGGAGUGGUAUGACUGUGAUUUCCUGUGGUGUGGUGGACUCCGGUGCAUUGAUGAGGGAGAAUGGGUUGGAGGUGAUGCGAGCAGUGGCUAGUCUCGAGCGCAUAUAA